AAGAUGGCGGCGCCCAGCGGAAGGAGGGACGGCAGCAGCGCGAGCCUGUGGGCCGCCUUGCUCCUGGCGGCUGUGGCGCUGAGCUCGGCGGAGGCGGUGUCCGAGCCCACGACGGUGGCGUUUGACGUGCGGCCCGGCGGCGUCGUGCACUCUUUCUCCAAGAGCGUGGGUCCGGGGGACAAGUAUACGUGUGUGUUCACCUAUGCUUCUCAAGGAGGGACCAAUGAGCAGUGGCAGAUGAGUCUGGGGACCAGCGAAGACAACCAGCACUUCACCUGUACCAUCUGGAGGCCCCAGGGGAAGUCGUACCUGUACUUCAUGCAGUUCAAGGCCGAGGUGCGGGGUGCCCACAUCGAGUAUGCCAUGGCCUACUCUAAAGCUGCGUUUGAAAGUGAAAGUGACAUUCCCCUGAAAAAUGAGGAAUUUGAAGUGACCAAAACAGCAGUGGCCCACAGGCCCGGAGCAUUCAAGGCUGAGCUGUCCAAGCUGGUGAUCGUGGCCAAGGCAUCCCACAAUGAGCUGUGACCAGCAGCCCCAGCGAGGGAGGAUGGUGUUUCCCCAUCUCCACCGAGGGAGCCCGCAGCCCUGAGAGGGCUGGUGCAUUACUGGUUUUCUAGGGAGGCUAUGAGUUUUCUGCCCUGGCUGAUGUUGCCCUGUUCGGAGGGGUUCACAGAGCAGCCUAGGCCCCCCAGGGCAGAGUCCAGGGGGUCAGAGGAUCUGCCCAGCCCCUCUCCUGGCUCCCCGACAUCCUCCCUGUCCCCACUCCCUGCCACGUUCUUCUGAACUCGGGGUGCAAGUCUGAGACCCAAGGAGGGUGGGAAAUGAGGGGGGAUCGGGCUCUUCUGAAGCCAGCUUGUGUCUUCUCAUGGGACCUGGCCAGGAGAGCGAUCAUAGUCCCCCCACCCCUAGCCAAGUGCCCUCUGAGCACCUCCAGGACUGUUUUCUUACGGUUUACCCAGGGGACCUUUCAGAUUAACUGGGAAGAGAUGAAAUGUUCUUUCAUAUUUAAAUAAAUAAGAUGAUUAAAAAGCAGCCACAUA